AUGGCAUCCAAAUCAAAGUCCCACCCCCUCAAUGGGAUGCACACCGCCGGCAUCUUCUCCGACCUCAGCGCUGAUGGACCCCUCAUCGGCACCCUUGUCGCCAUUGUCGACCGCGCCAAGAACCUGCCCAAUCGCAAGACCAUUGGAAAGCAAGACCCUUACUGUGCUGCCCGUCUCGGCAAAGAGGCCAAAAAGACGACGACCGAUAUACGAGGAGGCCAGACGCCCAAGUGGGACCAAGAGCUUCGAUUCGCUGUCCACGAUUCUCCAGACUACUACCAACUCAAGGUUUCGGUCUUCAACGACGACAAGAAAACAGACUUGAUUGGGGAGACCUGGAUUGACCUUAGGGACAUCAUUGUCCAAGGAGGUGGCCAGAACGAUCUCUGGCACAACCUGACCUGCAAGGGAAAAUACGCAGGCGAGGUGCGCAUGGAGAUUACCUACUACGACACUCGACCCAAGCCAGAGAAGCCCGUGGGCAAAGCAAAGCCAGUCACUUCAGAUCCACAGGACGCCCCCAAGUCCUCGUCGAGGAGCCCCGUCAAGAGACGACCCCUUCCCUCGGACCCAUUCACCGGCGAGGCCCCCAUAGGUGCUGCGUCUCAUCCGGAGCCCGUCGCCACUCCACCAAGGGCACUCCCGAGACAGCCCAGCAGCUACAUCCCGAACCAGUCUCCGCUCCAAAAUGUGGAAUACAACACGCCGCCACCCGCGCCACGCCACCACCAGGGGGACCCUUACGCCGUGUCCCCCCUCCAGUCCCUACCCCACACGCCUACUUCGGCCGGUCGGUACGAAAGCUACUCCAGCAGGCACGAUGACAGAGAGUACAGCCCUCGUCACCAAUCCCAUCCUUCACAGGAUCGACGUGAGCCUCGGGCUCAGCCCAAUGGUCGUCGGGAGUCAUAUGACGUGUUCGCAGCGGAAGACGCCAGGCAGGACUUCCCUGAUGAUGACGAUAGGCCGCCGCCGCCGCCAGUUCACCGGAGCCGACACAACAGCGGUGUCAGUGCCCAGGACGCCAUGAUCCGUCCAGCAUAUGAAACUCCGCCGAAAACUACCCCUCUGAUGAGGCAUGAUGUCCUCAAGCAUGAGGCUCAUCGCCGCUCCGCCCCCUCAUACCCUGGCAGGCCCGCCUUUCGCGCUUAUGACUCGGCUCCCGCUGCGAACAAUCUUCUGCAGAACACGCCUGAGGAACCCUCUCACCACCCAUCCCCCCCUCGCCACCACUCGUACGACACGACAUAUGAGCCAUACCGGUCCAUGCAACCUACCGUCGAGGAUGCUCCAGAAUCUCCUUCUCAAUCGGUGGGCAGUGCCCACCAGGUCGUUUCGAGAAGGUCCAUACAUGAUGACAUGGGUUAUGACCAAGUGCCAUCACCAGCACCUCUGAAUCUCAGCGGCAGAGGCAGCGCCGCCAGAGGUCAGCGCGAUCCUUCGCCGCAGCCGUCACACUCUCGUCAAGAUGACUAUGGAGACUAUGGACGUCAGCAGCCACUGCCAGUCUCUCCCAUCUCUUCAAGGGAGUAUACCCACAGCCCCGGCGACGUCUCCCACCCGUCUCACAGCAGUCAGAGUCAGUACCCUUUGCACAGGAACGAGCUGUCGGGUACGGAAAUCCAGGCGUACGGCAUGCCGUCUGUGCCUUCAUCCUUGGUCCCUGGCGUAGACCCCCUUCUGGCCCAGGAGGUCUCGGACCGGAUUCACGACGAAAGACGACACGAGAGACGAUACACACAGAGCGCGGCAACCCCGCCACGCGGCAGACAGCAAUCGCAGCAGCAGAUCGAGCCUUCAAAUUACGAGUAUAUGAACUAUCAAAACUCAUACAGCGCGCCAUCCUACGACUCUCAAUCAAUUGUCCCUUACCAAGGUAACUCCCCAGCGCAACAAGGCCAGAUGGUCAGGGCUAGGAGGUCCAUUUCCCCCAUGCCGAACCACAACCACACAAUUAAACGCAAGUCCGUCAGCCCUGCGCCACCUCCAUCGGAUGAGCCGGAGGGACGUCGGCUGUCAGGCGUGCCUUUUGGUCCUGAUUCCUACGACCUGUUGAACCCGUCUCUUUCGGGCGGAAAGGAGACGCUCGCGAACCCUGAUGCCAAGAUUAUUACCCAUGAUGGACGCGAAAUCGAUCCAUCUGACCACCUGCCCAUGGACACAUGGGCCCCAGAACCGGAGCCGAAGCAGGCCCCGCCCCUUGCUCCGUCCGGACGAGCAAGGCCUGGGGGUGCCCAACCCAUGCCCCCUACGGGCCGCCGGCCUCUCCGUAUCGCUGGCAGACCCCAUUCACAGUCAGCGGCACCUGCCCCGACAUACCCUCUGCCAGAUGACCCUCCCGUCACUCCACAGAGCGGGGGCCGCAACCGCCUGCAGAAGCGAACCCAUCGUGCGUCUGCUCUGCCGGCUCCACCUCCGGUUGGCUCAAGCCCUCUCGCGCCCAUCUCGUCACACAACCACCAAGAGAGCCUGGGAGGCGGUUUCACGCCUCCAACUCGACUCCCUCGGGCGUCGACAUGGGACUAUCCCAGCGAGAACCACGCGCCCCAGUAUGGCAGCUCUCCUGGAGGCUCGCGCGGCGCCCCCCCAGUCCCUGACAAGAUUCCUCUGCCCCUUAUGAGCGGUGCCUUGACGCACCGAAGCUCGGGCGGUGGCGGUGGCGGCGAGGACUGGGCGCUGAUGCACGAGAUGAGCCAGAUUGACAUUGGCGCAGGUCGGUCGCGGCGGCACGGGGGUUACUAAAGCUUUUCAUAUGAGCUUGAUGUUUGUGAAAUGUAAACGAUAGAUGUAUGCUUAUGAUUUCAUUGCAUGGUUGGCGUUUGGAUGUGGACACAUGCCUUGCAUUUCAUUUCCUCUUGUCCCAAUGGACGGCGGAAGGAUGGAUUGGGAGGUGAGCGGAGGUAAUGCCACCAGGAUGACACAAAUCGAGACAUUUCUGUUGCUACAGUAGAACUCGAUACAUUUGACAUGGUGUAUGCGUUGGAUCUAGUAUCAAGUCUGGCCACGUUGAGCACGGCGUGGCCGAAGAGCGUGGCCGAAGAGGAAUUGUAUCAAGAUGGUGUAGAUGGAUGAGACUGGUCUAUAUGUCUGCUGGUGUGUCCGGUCGACUCUUACAGCCACCAUCACCACCACUUCCACCGCCCACCGCCUACCGCCGGUCUUUUUUAUGUAGUCUGUCCCGACUCUUUGUUUGACCCCCCCCAA